AUGAAGGAUAAAUGUAGUAUAUUAGAUGAGUUAGUUAAAGCUAAAGAAAAUAUUAAACGUAAAUAUAUUGAAUUAAAAACUGGUGAGGCAAAUGUUCAACAAUUAUUGUCACAAACUUUCAAGCCUAUCAUCGACCCCUUAACUAAAAUAUCAGAUACAAACCAUCGACAUCAAACGAGAAAUAAAAACGAAUCGAAUUUUAACGAGAACUAUCAACUAGAAAUUGAAAAUUGGUUUCACUCUGCAGAUUUAGAUAAAACCUAUGGCCCGAAAAACUUUCAGAUGGAAAUAUUAUUAAAGGCGAAAACAAAUAUCAUUAACGUGCCUGCUCAUCGUCAACCCGCCGCACGUGAAGAUAUACAGAUAGCACCACAAAUAACUGUUCCAGAUAUACCAGCUGGUGGUUCAAACAUGUUAUCUGAUGACGAUAUUUGUAUGCUUGCAAUGGACGCAUAUGAAAUGCUAGACGCUAAUACAGAACACAAGUUAAUAUGCGGAACACAUAAACCAAUUUUACCUCGAAUGCCUGCUCCUGGAUCGAUGUUAGAAUUCGACGCAUGGAAAAAAACUCAACGACAUCCGAUAGUUAUAUAUGCAGAUUUUGAAGCACUACUAAGAAAAUUCGAUGAAAAAUGUGGGAACAAUACAAAAGCUAUUCAAAAACACGAGGCCAUGAGUUAUGGUUUUAUGGUUAAAGCAAAUAACGACGUUCCCGCAGAACUGCUUGAACAAUUUAAUAUUCCAACUACACCUAUAAUGUUUCGUGGCGAUGAAGAUAAUCAGAAUGUGGGUGAACAUUUUGUGAAGAGUAUCGUUGAAAUAGCUGAAAACAUUGAAAAAUUACUACAAACCAACAUACCAAUAACCUUUACUACAGAACAACAACAAGCACAUAAUUUAUGUAAGACAUGUAAUUUAUGUAAAAACGGUUUUUCUGUGGGAAACCAUAAAGUUGCUGAUCACUGUCACUUAUCGGGUAAAUUUCGACAAACAUUGUUGACAAACAUUUUUCACAAUUUAUCGAAUUACGAUGCACAUUUUAUUGUAACUGAACUCGGUCUCGAUGUGAAAAGAAUUUCUGUAAUACCAAACAGUGAAGAAAAAUUCAUCUCAUUUUCAAAACACGUUUCCAACAACUUUUCAAUACGGUUCAUCGACACAUUAAGAUUUAUAGCUUCAAGUUUAUCAACACUCUCGGAAAAUUUAUUAACACCAGGGUUCGAAAAGUUUAGAGAAACAGCUAAACAUUUUAAUACCGCAGACUUGCCACUCGUUACUCGUAAAGGUGUUUACCCUUAUGAGUAUACGGAUGGUUGGAACAAGCUGGAGCAAACCAAUUUACCAGAGAAAGUAGAUUUCUACAGUACACUAACAGAAUCAAAUAUACAAGAAGAAGAUUAUGAACAUGCAAAAACUGUUUGGAGUCACUUUGGAUGCAAGACUUUGGGUGAAUACAGUGAUCUAUAUCUGAAAAUUGAUGUUUUAUUGUUGGCUGACGUGUUUGAGAACUUCAGAGACCUAUGUUUAACCACAUACUGUUUGGACCCAUCUUUUUACUAUACAGCACCAGGAUUCUCCUUUGAUUGUAUGUUAAAAUAUACCAGAGUCAAAUUAGAGUUACUCACAGAGUAUGAUAUGCUGUUGAUGAUUGAAAAGGGGAUUCGAGGCGGUUUGACACAAGCAAGUAUGAGGUAUGCUAAAGCUAAUAAUGAAAAGACCCCAGAUUAUGAUCCAACAAAGUCCAAAUCAUGUAAUAAUCUAUACGGUUGGGCAAUGUCACAACACAUGCCCUAUGGUGGUUUUAAGUGGGUUGAACCUAAACUAGAAGGGCUGAAUGAUUUGAACGAUACAUCACCCAUCGGACGGAUAUAUGAAGUUGACAUUACUUAUCCGAAAGAACUCUAUGAUAAACAUAACGACUUACCUUUCCUUUCUCAAAACGGUAUCCCAGCUGGUUCAAAAGUUAAAAAACUCAUGGCAACACUUCAGUCGAAAAAAAAAUAUAUUUUUCAUUACCGAAAGCUUCAGCAAGCUAUAGCCAAUGGACUCAUAGUUGAAAAAGUUCAUAGAGUAGUUCAGUUUAAUCAAUCACCAUGGCUGGCUCCAUACAUAGCACUAAACACAGAGAUGCGAAAAAAAGCAGCAAAUGACUUUGAGAAAGACUUUUUCAAACUUUUAAAUAAUGCGGUUUUUGGGAAAACCAUGGAGUCUAUGCGGAAAAGAAUAAAAAUGGAACUGGUGUCUAGUGAUCGUCGUUUACAAAAACUGAUAAAUCAGUCCAAACACUGUACCACAUACAAUGAAACUCUAAAUGCAGUUGCAUUAGAAAACAAAAUCAUUGAUUUUUGUAAACCUAUUUAUAUAGGUUUUGCAGUGCUGGAAAUUUCCAAGUAUUUAAUGUAUGACUAUCACUAUAACGUAAUGCAGAAACAUUAUGAUGAUAAAAUUGAGCUCAUGUAUACAGAUACAGAUUCAUUGGUGUACUAUAUUCAAACUGAUGAUUUUUACAAUGAUCUGUUGAACAAUCCAAACUUGUUGAAUCGAAUGGACACUGCAAAUCUACCCCGUGACCACCCGUGUUACAUUGCUGAGAGAAAGAAGAUUCCUGGGCUAUUUUCUGAUGAAACCGAUGGACGUAUUAUGAGAGAGUUUUGUGCUCUCCGUGCAAAGUCCUACGCUUACAUUUUAGAAGAUAAGGAGAAAAUCAAAGCAAAAGGAAUCCGUGGACAUUUUGUUAGAAACCAUAUGACCUUUCAAGAUCAUAAACGGUGUUUGUUUGGUGAUACCAGUUUGGAAGUAACAACGUCAAACGUCUCUAUCCGUUCAUUCAAACACAAAUUAAAGACCAUCAAAUCCGAUAAAUUAACUUAUAACAGUUUUGAUGAUAAAAGGGUUAUACUUGAAGACAAAGUACACACCCUAGCUCAUGGACACUAUUCUAUAGAGGAGGAACUCGAAGCAGAACUAGAUAGUUAGUUAUAUAUUUGUAAUGAUUAUUUCUGUAUGUAUAAUUUUUUAUACUUGUUUAAUUUUUGUAAAUAUUUUUUCUAUGUCAUAUUUUUGUACUUGUAUAUUUUACUUUAAACCAUUUUCUU